AUGAGUGAAGCAAGUUCUGCCACUGACUUGGCGCGCGCUUGGGAGUCGAUUCCAGAGCUUAGACGUAAUGUGGUCACCAUACAAGCUUGGGCCUUACGGCGAAUGACUUCGGUGUACAACCUGGUGACCCGACGGCCCCACGUCCCUCGGGAAAAGGCAUUGCGCAGAAUUCUGCAGUCGCAAGGUUUCGAUGUGGAGUUGGAGUCACCACCCAAGCCAGGGCCAACCGCAGGCUCUGACCCGCCAGGUUUGACACCAGCCUUGGUCACUCCCCCGAAAGUAUCCCGCGAGGUUGAAUCAAAGAGCGCUGCUUCGCAGGAAGCCUUGAAGGAGAUGGAGCGUUUGCAGAAACAAUUAGCUCUUGUGAAAGAAAUGAACCAGCUUCAACGUGAUUUGCAGCAUCUCAUUGACAUGAAAGCUCGUGAAGAUGAAAAGAAUAUCAAAGUCAAUGUGGAGCCCUACACUGUAUGUGUGGACAACAUGGGUACUUUGCCAAUGGAGACCGACCACUUUCAUACCCCAGGUUCGCCAAAUGCUGUUCCAGCUGCUGCGACUGGUGAGGACUCGGGUGCAUCAAUUGGGGCUUCGAUUCGCAAGAUUGCACCUAUGUGUACUGCUUCUUCUUUCCAGGGAGGCCCUGCCAACAAUGCAUCAGAUAACAUUCCAGAGCCACCGGUCCCAGAGCCAAAAGAAAUUCAAGUAGCAGUAGGUGAGGUAGAUGAAGAACCCGAGACACCAUUCCCAGUAGCGCAAAUGAAUCCAGAGGUUCGAGAGGCACCACCCGUUGAGGGACAAACCACAGCAAUGCUUUUGGAAUCACAUGAUGAACUGGAGCCACCACUUGACAAUCAGUGCAACAAAGGAGAAGCCACAAAAAGCUCAGGAGACGCCAGUGACCCACCAAGUGUUCGUAUGUAUAAGUACCUCCAGGCAGUGAAGGCAAACAAAAAGAAGGCAGAAGGAACUGAGGAGACAUGCAAUGGAACAGAGGAGUCAUGCAAAGCAACAGUCAUUGCUAGUUUGCCACCCAAGCCAACUGACUGGGGAAAGCAUACACCUGUGACGGCUGACCAGCAGCAACCACCAAAGCCCCGUGGCAGAAAAAAGAAGUCUGAGAAGGACACCAGCGAUGCCCAGGCAGCAGCACCGAAAGCAAAGGCAAAGAGAGGUGCAAAGAAAAGAGCAAAGACACCGGAAACCUAUGAGCCACUUGAGGUUGAAGGCAACAUCAACAUCAACAAAGGAGAUGCCUUUGAUGCCUAUGCUGUAGCAUCUGCAGCUGCAGAUGUGCAUACCUUGGGGACCACCGACACAAAGGCUACCGAGCCCAGCAAUGCAAGCAAGAAGCCACGCCGCAGCAAGCAGGAUAAGGAGCCAAACAAAGCUGCAAGCCGAACCCGUUCAAAGAGAAAGGCCGAAGGAGAUGAUGAGCCCAACCCGAAAACUGAAGGAUCUAGCCGAACCCGUUCAAAGAGAAAGGCCGAAGGAGAUGAUGAGCCCAACCCGAAAACUGAAGGAUCUAACCAAACAAAGAAGGCAAAGAAGAACAAAGGCAAUGAAGCACCAAUUGAUGAGAACAAGGAAGGAAAGGAAUCGAAGAAGGAUGAGCCCAUGACAAGCAAAACCAACACAGCUAGGAAGGAACGUUCAGCAGAGACCAAGGCGAGGUACUCACGCAAGAGCUGCGCCUACAAGAAGGUGCUCACUGAGAAAACCAAGGCAGGCUAUUCAGAGGAUGACGCAAAGAAAGCAGCCCGAGAGGCCUUCAUUGCAGUGGUCUUGCUUUGCAUUUGGAGCGCGGACGUCCACCCCCAGUAUCACCUGGUGGAAUUGUUCAGUGGAGCUGGGAAGGUUGGGGAAGUUUGGAGGACUGCCAUCGUCAUGGUGGCUUCUCUGAUUCCCUUCGGCCUCUUGGUUUUUGGCCCAGACUGCAGCAGCUGGACUGUCAUUUCACGGGGUAAGUACAAGUGCAAGAAAGAUGGCAAAGUCAAGUUCCAGGGCACUGAUGCCUUGCGAUCUACACAGCAAUAUCCUCGAGGUCUCGGAGAAUGUCUUCUGACAGCCUGGCAGUCAGUGAAGGGGAGGCCAAUGCUAGACUUCAGGCAGAAAGAGACCAUUAACCCCAGGAAGACUGAUUUGGAAAUCUUCCAGGACCUACCUUUACGCGAGAUGACAGCGCGACUCCAAGUUCUCCAAGGUCAACUUGGGCAUCUGACGGGUGUGGAUGAGCGUCCCCAACCAGCAGGUAGGAACACCACUGCAAGUCUAGAAGUAGCAAGCAAUGCAACACAUGACAAAGCAGAGACACCAACCACCAUACCAUACUUGCGAGCACCAACCCUGACACUUGGUGACCCCGUUCCCGAUGACUAUGAAGAAGAAACCUUGCUGGACCCUGCACCUACCCCGCCUGAAUCUAUUCAGUCAACUCCUGUGUCAGGAUACUAUCCAGACAAUCAGCUUGGUUUACUUUCGCAAAGCCCUGCAAUGCAGCCUGAGACCCCGUUCUCCCCAGAGGCACCAACGACCAAGAAAGAUACACCGCAGCUUCAUGAAACUGUAGUUUCAAACGAAGAUGGGCCAAAGGCAGCAAGCAGCAGCAACGGUGACAAAGCCCACGCCACUUCUGAAACGGGCACUCCAGCCGAGUCCCCAUCAGAAACAAGCACCCCAAUGGCCUCUCAAGCAAAAUGUCCUGAUGGUGAGACACUUAUGAAACCACCCAAGCAGAACAAGUAUGCUGAUGGCACGUACUGGAUUCGCAACUAUGUGAAACCAAAUGCAAAGGGUGAGGUGAAGGCCAGUGAGAAUGUGAUCGCUUUGUUCAAAACUGACAAAGGGAGAGAGGAGUUGCGGCAGCUUCUGCUUUCCCACGGGUCUUUCGAAGCGAUUGUUCACGGCGAAGAUGAGUGGCGGAUUCCUAUUGCGCGGGAGUUCAAGGCCAAGGAACUGGACCGUCAAACUGUCUGCUACCGAGCUUUAUUGAAGGGGUUGCCAAAAAGAUUUCAAAAGCUGAAGAGGUUGGCCAAUGAGAUCAGGGAGAAAAUCAAAGACUUGGACGCAAAGUACCAGGAGCUUGUUCUGAACCAGCAAAACUUGAUGGCCACCGAUACCCCCAGUAGGACUGUGAAGCCACCAAAAGCGAAAGCCAAAGCAAAAGCGUCGGCGUCAACCAAAGUGCCUUUGAGUAAGCGUAAGGCAACCAGCAAAGUGAAAAAGGAAACUGAAGAAGAUGAAACGGAACAGAAUGGUGAAGAGACUGAAGAGGAUGAGGUUCGAGGUGUGCUGGUCCUAGAGACUGCAGUGACGAUGAGACCGAGUCAUCUGCUGACUCAGAUAUUGCUGAGGCACAGUAUGACAACACGAUUUGUGCUGACCUGCAUCUCCUCCUAUUUUUUCGACGAGGGGAACACCUUGGAUGACUUGCAUCAAUUCAUAGCUGAGGAUGCCAAAAAGCUGUACUAUGAAGGAAUCACAGCUUACGACACGGCCUUGGUGCUCGAGUGGAUGGAGCAUUUCUUGGAAGGGUAUGAUUGUAGCAAUGAUGAACUUCUACAAGGGCUCAAGUACGCUGAAGCCUACGGCUACAUGGCCUCGAAGUGUUACACAAAAG